GUUACAUUCUACCGGAGCUACACUGACCAAAAACAAGGUGUAAACAAGGAGUCGUUAGUUGGCCUAUCUGACAACAAGGAAGCUCUGCUCUGUGAUUGGUUCCCCUGGCUUACAUCAUGGAGUGGGUGGAGCUUGUGCAGUGGUUGUGGGAGGAGCGGAGCGGGGGUUGGAUGUCCAUGGGUCUGGGCGGGCUGCUCCUGGCCCUGCUGUACUGGUACUCGAUCUUCCCCUACUCUGUCUUAGCGAGGUGUGGUAUCAGGCACCCCAAACCAAUGCCCUUCUAUGGAAACUUGUUCCUAUUUCGAAAGGGCUUUUUCAGCGUCCACACAGAGCUGAUAAACACAUACGGGAAAGUGUGCGGGUACUAUCUGGGCCGGAGGCCUGUGAUUGUGGUGGCCGACCCCGACAUGCUGAGACAGAUCAUGGUGAAGCAGUUCAGCCUGUUCCCCAACCGUAUGACGAUCCGUGCGGCGACCCGGCCCAUGAGCGACUGCCUGCUGAUGCUGAAGGAUGAUCGCUGGAAACGGGUCCGCAGCGUCCUGACCCCCUCCUUCAGCUCCGCCCGCAUGAGAGAGAUGGUGCCGCUGAUCCGCACAGCCACCCACACGCUGAUGGGAAACCUGCAGGACCGUGCCCAAUCAGGAGAGAGCUUUGAUAUUCACAGAUGUUUUGGCUGUUUCACCAUGGACGUGAUCGCAAGUGUGGCCUUCGGCACCCAGGUGGACUCCCAGAAAAACCCAGAUGACCCCUUUGUUAACCAUGCCCAGAAAUUCUUCUCCUUCACUUUCUUCCGACCAAUCAUGUUCCUUCUCAUCGCAUUCCCCUUCCUGAUCCCGCCCCUGGCGGGGCUCAUCCCAAACAGAGCGCGGGACGAGGUGAAUGCCUUCUUCAUCACCUGCAUCCAGGAGAUCAUCAAACAGAGAGAGCAGCAGCCAGCCAGCGAGCGGAGACGGGACUUCCUGCAGCUGAUGCUGGACGCGCGGGGCAGUAGUGAGUUUGUGGGUCUGGAGCGCUUUGAUGUGGUGAACCAGGCGGACGAGCAGCCCGGCCCGAGCACUGACCCACGGCCCGCCCAGGACCCGCCCCCACGCCGCACCCAGAGGACGCCGAUAACGGAGGAUGAGGUGGUGGGCCAGGCCUUCAUCUUCCUGCUGGCGGGGUAUGAGACCAGCAGCAACACUCUGGCCUUCGUCUGUUACCUGCUGGCCACACACCCUCACUGCCAGGCCCGGCUGCAGCAGGAGGUGGACCACUUCUACAGCCGACACGACUCUGCUGACUACCACAGUGUGCAGGAGCUGAAGUAUCUGGACAUGGUCAUUUCAGAAGCCCUGCGACUGUACCCUCCCGGAUUCAGGUUUGCACGGGAAGUGGAACAGGACUGCAUGGUGAACGGGCAGUUCUUACCGAAAGGGGCCACUCUGGAGAUCCCAGCGGGGUACCUGCAUUACGACCCCCUGCACUGGCCAGAGCCUGAGAGGUUCCACCCCGAGAGGUUCACAGAGGAAGCUCGCUCCAGCAGACACCCGUUUGUGUACCUGCCGUUUGGGGCGGGGCCUCGGAGCUGUGUGGGGAUGAGGCUCGCACAACUGGAGAUCAAAAUGGCGCUGGUGCACAUCUUCCGCAGAUUCACCGUGCUCCCCUGCGCACAGACCAAGGUUCCCCUGGAGCUCAAGUCCUUCACCACCCUCGGGCCCAAGAACGGCAUCUUCCUUAAAAUCACACCACGGGACAAUACUGAGCUGAAUGAACCACACACUGACAGCACUGACCUGAGUGAACCACACACUGACCUGAAUGGACCAUACACUGACCUGAAUGAACCACACACUGACCUGAAUGAACCACACACUGACCUGAAUGAACCACACACUGACCUGAAUGGGCCACACACUGACCUGAAUGGGCCACACACUGACCUGAAUGAACCACACACUGACCUGAAUGGGCCACACACUGACCUGAAUGAACCACACACUGACCUGAAUGAACCACACACUGACCUGAAUGAACCACACACUGACCUGAAUGGACCACACACUGACCUGAAUGGGCCACACACUGACCUGAAUGAACCACACACUGACCUGAAUGAACCACACACUGACCUGAAUGAACCACACACUGACCUGAAUGGGCCACACACUGACCUGAAUGAACCACACACUGACCUGAAUGGACCACACACUGACCUGAAUGAACCACACACUGACCUGAAUGGACCACACACUGACCUGAAUGGGCCACACACUGACCUGAAUGGACCACACACUGACCUGAAUGAACCACACACUGACCUGAAUGGGCCACACACUGACCUGAAUGAACCACACACUGACCUGAAUGGACCACACACUGACCUGAAUGGGCCACACACUGACCUGAAUGAACCACACACUGACCUGAAUGAACCACACACUGACCUGAAUGGACCACACACUGACCGCACUGAGCUAUUACUCCUAAAUCAGCCUCAGUGAUGAAUGCACAGAAUAAAAACCCAAAUUACAGCAGCCCCAGGAUGCGAUUCAAACAUUCACCAAAACUACCUCACCAAACCAAAGUGAAGAAUCUCACACUGAACACAGACCACGCGGGACGUGCAGUGGAAAAGCAGUAUAUCGCAAAUUAUGGAAUGAAAACUAUUCUGUUGUAAAUAAAGCUGACAUUUUAAAAUUCCCUAAGACUUGCGUCAGGGCUGCCCAAUCCUGUUCCCGGAGAUUUGGCACGGCUGAACCAGAUCUCUAGCUGUUCAAUGAGGUGUGCUUUGUUGGGGUUGGAGUGAAAACCUACAGGAUAGUAGAUCUCCAGGAACAGGGUUGGGCAGCCUCGUUGCUUCAAACGGGAACCGGCAAGUCUUCUGCAGCUAUGCUCAGUGAGCAUUAUGUCUUCUUCGCGGGGCUUUCUGGUGCCGCCACAGCACCCGAUCGCGAUGCUGCCCCCGUGUCUGUGUUCACAGAUGGUAUUGCACCCCCAAUACUUAUUUUUACAGCAGUGCUAGUGUGUUCUAAGCCUUUACUGGUCCCUGUACGAUGUUAGCAUGAUGUAGCUAGCAUACGCGAAUAGCACAAAGCCAUACAAUUUGCUUUUUAACGGCACUUGGUCAUUCGAACGAUAUAAAUAAAAGCAUUCGAUUAAGUUCGACGGCACCGGAAUUUUCUGUCGUACCGUCCAUAAAGUCCCACCAUAGGAUUUAUUUAAAUCUUUAAAAGUUGUACAUUUUCUGAAUCGUCAUUAAUUCAUCUUGUUUCUAUCAGUGAUUCGGGGUGAUCGGACAGUUCUGUAGCUAUGUAAAUGACGUCAGAAGGAUACAGCACUGUUAUUUGCUACCUAAACUUUGACGCACGCUCGAGAGCGUUAACAUGAUUGAAGUCUGACAUGUCUAUUGUCAAAAUCCAUUGAAACUAUGAAAAAGUAACCAGGGACUUUGGACUUAUAAGGCUGGACAUACCGAGUACCCAGCAAAAAUAUUGACCUGGCUCCAGUCACACUUUUGACAGUUCGAACUGCCACCAACUGCCAUGUAUGAGCGCGUGAAGUAAACCAGCAAAAGCUAUUGUUGUGUCACCAUUUUCGAGCUCCAUAUACGUAAAGAAUGGAAUGGCAGUGGAAUCUGCCUGUUUUUCGGUGCCGUCGGGGUCCAGCAUUUAACAUUGAUGGAAUGCUGGUAAAAUGAGCGCUUAAAAGCCACAAAAACAGUCAUUUUGUCACAUUAAAAUUCAACCUAAGCAGAAUUAUUGUCCACCACACGUUAAUUUAAGGUUAAACUGAGAUAAUAAUCAUAAUAUUCAUGCUGAUUUCCGGAAAUAAAUUUUUCGGUUGUCCUCCCUACUACAACAGCCUUUUGUUGGGAGCCCCUAAACUUCAUUACCCAGGGUGCACUCGGUGCACGCGGUAAGGUGACGCGGAGUAAAACUUCUCUCAUAACUUCUCCGCGGUCCAGUAAAUUUUGCCGCCAUUAUGUUAGCUUGGUUACAGAAGGGCAAGAGAGCACGUUCCGAGUGCGAAACAACAGAGCAAAGACACGACAGUGUGUCAAAUCCUCCCCAGCCAGAGCCAGUAUUAAAUGAAGGUCGGGAGCUGCUUCAACAAGGUAACGUUGCACCUACCGCAGCCAAUACCGACGUUAUCAACAACAACGUGAGUCAAGAUGAACGGCCCGACUGUUGGUCAAAGGAGCAAAUGCUUUAUUUUUGCGCUCAGAAUGACUGGCUCAUUGUCAAAGACAAAAAGCUUGGGUGUAAAGUAUGUAGUAAAGUUACAUCGCUGGCUGCUCAUAAAGAGCAUGGAUUGAGGCUGUCAACUGAGUGGAGUGAAUGUUCAAUUUCCUCCUUUGGCACUGAUAAGGCUAGACAACAACAUUCAUUGCGUAAGAAAAUAAAGGAACACAAAGAUUCCAAAUCCCACAUAAAAGCAGCUGAGAUUGAAAAGAUGGCCACACGUGAUGAAAUUCACAAGAGGAUUGAAAUGAAGAAAAGAAUGGUCGACGACAUCAUCACAAACCGACGGAAAUUAUGUUUGCUGAUUGAUGAAUCCACCACAAUCAGUGGCAAGACUGUGCUGGUGGUCUGUUUGCGGGUAGCUUUUGCUGACACAGAGCCAGACACUGUAGUUUUUGAACUCCUGGAAUUGGAUGGGACCACAGCAAAUGAUAUCACAAGGACAUUGCUGGCAUGCCUGGACAAAUAUGGUUUUGAUGAACACUUAUUAGGUGAGUGUUUUGUGUCAUUGGCAUGUGAUGGAGCAUCAGUUAUGCUUGGCAGAAAAGCAGGGGUUGCUACACAGCUUUGUGCUAAAUUCCCGGACCUGUUUGUAUGGCACUGUUGUAAUCACCGUCUAGAAUUGGCAGUUGGGGAUGUUGUCAAAGAGGUCAGUGGACUUAACCAUUUUCAGAUUUUCUUUGAUAAGCUGUAUACAUUAUAUCAUGCAUCUCCAAAAAAUCAGAGACAAUUGGCUCAGUGCGCACAGGAUGUUGGGCAGCGUCUACUUGUCAUAGGACGUGUUUUGUCAAUCCGUUGGGUGGCUUCGAGUGAGAGGACUGUCAGAGCAGUCUGGGAGAGCUACAAAGUGCUUCAGGUGCACUUUUCUAGUGCUGCCAAUGAUGUUAGCAGGGAUUCAAGAGAGAGAGCAAAGUACAAGGGACUCCAUGAUGUUCUCACAUCUGUGCCUUUUGUUUGUAAUCUUGGAGUUAUGUAUGAUGCCCUCACAGAACUGAGUGAUCUGUCAAGGUUGCUCCAAAAGAGAGACAUGACGCUUCCUGACGCGGACAAGCUGCUGGCUCGACAGAUUCGUGUCUUUGAGUCCAUGGUUUCAACACCUGGCCCCUACACAACAUCUGCCCUCCAAGCUCAAACUGAGAAAUCAUUCAAGAACGUAGCCCUACGUGAUAAUGAAAAAAUAGUGAAAAUCAAUGCAGGACAGUUCUUCCGGAGCAUGGCAGAAAAUCUGAAAUGCAGGAUGGCUCCAACAACUAGCUCUUAUGUCAGCACACAAGCAAGCUGCUCAAAUAGAGGUGGUGACCAACUGAUGACAGACAUGAAGGUCCUUCAACCAGACAGUUGGCCUGAGGGACAGUUGGACAUACUCCAUGGUGAUGCAGCGGUGCUUCAUUUGUGUGACACACUAAAAGUAGAUAAAAGGGAAAGUAUCCAGGGAUUCCGGGAAUACAAGGAGCUAAGGGCAUCCCGGACACCAGCAACCCUGGAGCCUCUACUUAAAGGUGUCCACACCAUUGCGGUCUCCACCAGUGAAUGUGAACGAGCCUUCAGCAGCAUGAACGACAUUCUUACCGCCAAAAGGAACUCCCUUGCUAUAAGCCGACUGUCCAACCUUGUUUUUCUGAAAUGCAAUGGACCACCAUUAGAGCAGUUCAGUCCGCAGAGAUAUGUAAGGUCUUGGCUGGCAAAGGGAAGAAGAUCUGCAAGCGAAACAGCAUGCGAAGCCCCUGACCGCUCAAGCACAUCUGAGCCCAAGACCUGUUGGAGCCUUUUCUAAGAAGAAGAUCUACAGAUGCAUCAGUUCAUCAAUUCUUCAGUUCAUCCCCAGGGCAUACUGGUGCCAUUUCUUUAAGGAACAUGGAGUGCCCCACCCAGCUACGCAGAGCUCUCCAUUACAGGCCUGUUGACCUUUCGUCAUACACCGAAGCUGCCUUGAGCAUUUCAAAAUUUUAAAUGUGUGUCACUUUUCAAAAUAAACACACAGUAUAUUGUGAACAAAAGCAAUA